GCGUCACUAUGGCAACGUGUCGGGUGACAGCGGGUAACGGCUCGUAAACACACGUACGCGCACACGCACGAAACGUUCCUGCCGCCGCUUCACACGUCGGUAACGGAAACUCACCGAGUUAAGCGAUGAAGGAAUUUAAUCACAAGAGCCUCCAAUUAUUUGACAGUAGCAGACCUUUCUGAUGGAGCAUUACGAGUCUCUGGGUCUGGUCGGGGAGGGCAGCUACGGCACCGUGCUCAAGUGCCGUCACCGGGACUCGGGCCGCCUCGUCGCCAUCAAGAAGUUCAUGGACUCGGACGAUGACAAGACGGUGAAGAAGAUCGCCCUGAGGGAGAUCAAGCUGCUGAGGCAACUGCGUCAUGACAACCUGGUGAACCUUCUGGAUGUGUUUAAGCGUCGGCGCCGCUGGUAUCUGGUGUUUGAGUUUGUGGAGCGAACGCUUCUGGAUGAUUUGGAGCAAAACCCAACUGGACUGGACCUGAGCACCAGCCGGCUGUACCUGUACCAGGUGCUGAGGGCCGCAGCCUUCUGCCACCGGCACCACAUCAUCCACCGUGACAUCAAACCAGAGAACAUACUCAUCUCUCAGGGGGGCGUGGUUAAGCUGUGCGACUUUGGCUUUGCCCGGACCAUGAAGUCGCCCACAGAGGAGGGGGUCUACACAGACUACGUGGCCACUCGCUGGUACCGAGCCCCUGAACUGCUGGUGGGCAACACCAAGUACGGCAAAGCGGUAGAUGUGUGGGCUGUUGGCUGUCUGUUAAUGGAGAUGUUCACAGGUCAGCCUUUGUUUCCCGGAGAAUCCGACCUCGAUCAAAUUUACCUCAUCGUCAGGUGCUUCGGAAACCUAACAGCUCAUCACCAGGAGUUGUUCUACAGGAAUCCGGCCUUUUCUGGUGUCAGGUUGCCUGAAUGUUUUGUCACAGUCCCACUGGAGCAGCGCUUCCCCACAGUCACAGCCACCGCCAUGGACCUGGCACAGUGUUGUCUCCAGAUGGAUCCAGAGAGACGAGCUCAGUGUUCAGAACUGUUAGAGCAUCCUCUGUUCACACAGGAUUCUUUUCACACCAGGAUUUUGGAUGAGCUGGAUGCUAAGAUCCAAAAAGACCAAAGACAAAACUCUACUCUUCCGAAAAUAUUCAAAACCUCAAGACCAGAAAAGGAUGAAGAAGAUGUCAAGAACCAAAGAGUCAAAGACAAGAAACAAUCUGAAGACAUGGAUGAGAGAGUCAACAAGGAAAAAGAGAAGAGAGACAAACAGGGCGAAGGAGAAAAGAUACCAAAAACAAAAGGCAAGAAGCCUUCAAAGCAACCUAAAACCCUCUGGAAUACCACAGAACCUUUGACGUCCAGCAAACAAUUCAAAAUGUCAGGCGCCAAGAUUACCGAUAAUGCAGCAAAAACGACUGUGGCCAUGAGAAAUAAACCAGGAAAAACUGUUGGUGUGGAACUGAGAAAGGAACCAGAGAUUUCUAAUUCUGAUUCACUGGACGCUUGCAAGACUGCGAAAGACAGAGAUCCUACUGGUUUGCGUUCUAGUUGCUCAGAUGACACUGAGUCAAGUGUGACUGAGAAAACUCAGAUAGAGAUGUGGAGAUCUUCUAAAUCAGAGCCAAGUCAAGACUUUGGGACGAGCGGGAACAACUCAAACUCAACAGUGCCCAAAUUGUGUAAAAGCUCAACCACUGACCAUCCAAACGGAAAUUCAUCUCCAAAAGCUUCUUUGAACUCAACCAUUGAUCCCGCACACAGCAAGUUAACACAGAAAAUUUGCAUUACUGAAUACCCUGAAGAUGCUGCAAGAGCCGUGACAUCUGAGACACUGAACAUUGACCAAGAAGAAACAAGCUCGAUACUGAAAGUGUCUCAACCGUCCAUCAAUGACCACACUGAGGUCACCACUCCAACUAUCCCUUCUUUUGCCAAGCUGUGCCAGACAACUACUAUGUCAGAGCCUCCAACCGAUCAUUCAGACAUGGGAACGGAGCAAAAAAAGACCUCUGAACGCCCCAAAGUCUUACCCCUAAACCUCAAGCCCUAUAAGACUACCUCAAUCUCUGGCUCAAAAAUCACCAAGAACACCAUGUCAAAGACUCUUACCUCAGAUCAGUCCUCUACAGUUUUUAAAAAGGCCAUUCCUGCCCACAGCACCAAAACAUUACUUAAAGGAACCCUCCAAACUGGUUCAUCAAAACCCACAAGUGACGCCACAUGUGUGCCCAACAAACUUUGUGUGGGUCUCUCAACAGAUAGAGAACUCACAGAAGCAUGUCUUGCAACCAAAAGUGCAACCAAAAGUGAGCAGGACAGUUGUAACCACACGGAGGUAACCAACGCCUCAGAUGGACAUUUCAAAGGGAAUCCUGAACCUUCUGAUCCCUGCAGCAUCCAUCUGCAGACCGCUUCCAAGUCCAAGAUCAACACAGAAUCCCAAAGGACCUCAACCUCCGUAACUAGUGAAACCCCAAAUACCAACAUGUCAGUCGGGAUCACGAUCCCAAAAACUCUGAAAGCCUCAGUUAAAGAGAACAGAGAGGACUUAGUGCUUUCUGUGUCCAUCAGUGCAACAAGCACAUCUUUAGUUGAUCAUACAUCUUCAGUUUCUAGAAGCUCAAGCACUGAACAACAGAGCAACCACAGUGAAGCUGAACCAGUUAUGAAAUCCUUGAAACCAUCCCACUGCAAAUCUUUGACGGGAGAACCUAAAACAAAGCUCAGGUCUUCCAGCAUUGACGACAAAUCCGCCUCAACGAGUCAGAAAAACAGAUUUUCGACAGAGGCACGGAAAAAAAGAGGCAACCCGGAAAGAAAUAACAGAACCAGUGGAUCCACAACCGCAGAUUUGACUUCAUUCACCUCUACAGACCACAGCAUGGACACUGCAGACAUUAAUGAGUUUGAUUUCAGUUCACCCCAUUCUUCUCCACCUCCUCCACCUCCUCCCCCCUCCUCCACUCCUCUGCUCCUCCUUCCAACUUCCACAUCCCAUGUCCCCUUUUUCUCCGCGGUCAGUACCAACAGCCCAGUUCCCAGCGAUCCCCUUACCCUGGGAGCAGGUUUUCAUCCUGGGACCCACAGCCUCAGGUGUGCAGACAAGCCAAGGCAUCACGAUGGGAUUCGACUGGCCCAACGGAAUCUGUCCAAUCACAUCACAGGAUCCCUCGCUGCACAGCUGUCAGAGAAGAGUCUGACACGUGAGUGCUCCUUCCUGUCUGAUUGCUGUAACCAUGGCAACAGCGAUGGCGUCACAGCGGCCAAAAAGAAGCCGGAAAUCCAUUUGCCAGUUCUAAGAGGCCCGGUGCUGCUGGAGCUCAGAGGACGAGAAGGUAAACAGACUAAAGGCGCUUCCAGGGAAGGGAGGAAAGACAAACAGCAGCACAGACACAGCAGGACUGACUCACACUAAACAUAAUAAAAACCUCCUCCGGACACGGACUCGUUUACUUCAUUGUGGUCACUUUUGCACAGGUGUGCUUUUGACACGGCACAAGUCUGAACUGAGUGUCGUCAGAAUAACAGAAC